AUGUCGUAUGCAGCUCAGUUUCACAAUAACGUCACUGCUGAACAGCAGUAUCAGGGUUUACUGGAAAGAGUGAUUCUUUCCACUGUGUCUACGGUGCCAUGCUGUGUGUUUCUUUUCAUUAAUGUGACCCUGUUAUUCACCUUGAGGAGUAAACCGGUGUUUUGUGAGACCUCCCGUUAUGUUUUUCUGUAUAACCUACUGUUUGCAGAUACUGCACAGCUGGUACAAAGUCAGGUAUUGUACCUACUGGCUGUUUGUAGAAUAAGGAUGACGUAUCCUGUGUGUGGUGUUCUUGCCCUGUUUGCCAGUCUCACAACUGUGAUCUCUCCUCUCACACUGGUGGUGAUGUCUCUGGAGAGAUACGUAGCUGUGUGUUACCCGCUGAGGCACGCUACCAUCAUGACCAUCAGAAACACAGGGGUGGCUAUCGUUGUGGUUUGGGCCUUCAGUUUACUAAAUGUCCUCACUCGAGUUUUCUUGCUUUUAGAAUAUCCAUUUGAAGACCUGGAGAGCCUGCAGAUGACAGACAUUUGCUCUGUCAUGGCUAUGUUGAUUGGGCCCUCAUCCGAUCAUUACGACAAAGCCUUUACUGGUUUUCUGUUUGUUUCCUCUAGUUUGUCGAUCAUUUCCUCCUAUACUGGUGUGAUGGUAGCAGCCAGAUCAGCCUCUACAGACAAAGCUUCAGCUCAUGUCUGAGUUCUCUCAUCUAUGGGCUCAGAGAUCAGACCAUCAGACCCGUCCUCUUGUACCAUCUGUGCUGCCGACUGAAACUCUCAGUCGUCCCAGCCAAGGCUGAGGAGUGAA